ACCCUGUUCUCUUCUCUGCUUCUGCUUUUCCCUAACGUUGGCCUCUGAGCAUUUUCUCGAAUCUGGUUAUAUCAGUGCAUGUUUCUGCGUGUUCCUCAAACAUGGUUGAAAGGUGGAGAACAGAAACAUGAUGGCAAGUUUUCCUUGACGGAGCUGAGCUGCAACAAUAUAGAUUAGUUGUGAAUUGUGAGUAAGGAAUGGGUGACAAGAAGAAGAAGGCUCAGAUGUUUGUAAAACUAGUGUCUGCUGCUGGGACUGGAUUCUUCUAUGUUAAGAGGAAACCAAGGCAGUUUACAGAGAAGCUUGAGUUUCGAAAAUAUGAUCCUAGGGUUAAUCGUCAUGUUCUGUUUACAGAGGCUAAAAUGAAGUGAUAGGGCAACUUUCAUGUUUGCCUUUCAUUGUAACUGCACCAAUCCUGUACUGCUUUUUUAGACAAUUAUCAUAUUUUGUAUUAGAAGUUGAAUAAUACCAACUUCUUUUUUUUUACUGUUUCUAUCUCUGUUCUUUUUCUAUUCAGAUUAAGUUUUUCAUAUUUGAGGGUGAGCCUUGAUCAGCGGUAAGGUUGUUUCUUGGGACUGGAAUGUCACAUUUGUGUUUGAGAAAUAGUCUCUUUGUAAGAAUACGAGGGUAAGAAUGCGUGCAAGUAACCCUCACUUUUAUCUUCAUAAGUCCAGGAACCUUAUGUACCGGGUUUGCCCCUUUGCCAGUUUUAGUAUUUGGUAUUUGUUUCUGUUGUGAUGUU